UAUGUGAAACAUGUCAAUAGACUUUGACAGCGUGGCCCUACAAACUCAGCAUGAAGAAGAAUAUGACAGAGAAGACUAUGCCAGAGAACAGGAGCUGCAGAAGUUGUUGACUGAUCUUCCUGAUGAUAUGCUGGAGGACAGCAGAGAUGUGUCCUCUCCAGAGCUCAAUUAUUCUGGUUGUAGUGCAAACGGGACCUCUGGCAGCUCUAUCUGCUUUUCUGUUGAGGAUUAUGAGGAUGGCUACAUUCAGGACCAGUACCAUGAAGAAUACUUUAAUAGGAAUGAUAACGAGCAUGUUAACCAUGGCGAGCCCCAUGGUAAUGGAUGGAGUGAGCAGCAGGAAGGGGAAGAUGAACACAGGUAUAUGUAUAACCACAUUGGUUAUGAGUACCUCAACACAGAUGCUCAAGAUGUUGCUGGCAGCAAGGAUUACAGUAUAGAUGAAAGAGUUGAACAAGAUCCAUAUGUCCAAACCAAUCCAUAUCACCUUCCUGGAACAUAUCAACAACACGCUGAAGGACCCAGGGAAGCAUUUAGUCAUGAUGAUCAGAAUGUUCAGAGACACCAGUAUCAGUGUGUCUUCUCCUUAAAACAGGGUUUUAUUGAAACCGGCAAUUUGGGUGACAAACCUAUGGACGACUACAAAGUCAACUAUAACAGACAUCUGCCUGCAGUGCAGCCUAAAACCUUCAAUGCCAAAGUGAACAACAAAGAUGCCAAAUUUGAACAGAUGCAGAUAGAGUUCUUGUAUCCUGGUACAAAUUCAACAGAAACCCAACGCAUUGCACAGUUCCAGGUCCUCUAUAAGGCUCGAGGAAGACAGCUUGAAGAACUUCAGCAAAAGCUGGAAGACUGUGGCCGACACAUGAGAUACCUUAAUCACCAGCUUGCUAUAGCAAAGGAUGAAAAGAAGGGUUUGGCUGUUACCCUGCAAGAAUCUGGAAAGCUGAUUAAAGAUGGAAAAGAAAAGGAGGUGCAGUUAUUAGGGCAGAUUAAAGCCUUGGAGUUUCAAGUUCAAACCUUAACUGCCAAUGAAGAAAAGAAUUUGGAAAAUCAGAAUGCGGCAGAGGCAGCCCUGGACAGUAUGCAGCAGCAGAUGACGGAGCUCUGCCAUUCAGAAUCUCUUACUCGAGCCAGGGUGCAACACAAGAGUAUCCUUGCAGCUUUAAAGGAAAAGCAUGAAGACAAAGUGUUGGCUUUGCAGCAGAAACUAGAUGCACAGAGCCACGCUGUGGAAGAGCAGAAAGAAAUUUGUCAUCGCCUUCGAGAACAGAUAAAGCAACAAGAACGACAACAGGAAGAAGCCAAAUUGGAGAAAGUUGAAAUAAUCAACAGACUCACAAAGAGUUUGGAGGAAAGCCAGCAACAAUGUACAAACCUGCUGCAGACAGGUACAGUGCAGGAGCUCAACCAACUGAGAUAUCAGCUACACCAAGCACAAUCUGCUAAAAAUAUCAGCGACAGCAUGAACAAGUCUUUGCAGGAAGAGCUUGGUGAAUUAAAUGAACAAAUAACUCUCUAUGAAUCUGCUGGUAAAUUUGGAGUUCUUUCUACUGAUCCCUGUGGUGAUUCAGAGGCUCCAAUGUCUGAUUCCUAUGUGGAGCUGGGUAUCAAGAACGUUAACUGGAAAAGUACCAAAUUUCACAGGUACGCCUCAUCUGUUGGAAGAACUGAUAAGAGCAUGUCUAAGGAUGAUAUAAUAAUGGAUCUUAAAGCUGAGCUGGAACGUUUCUUGGGGAGUUUUAAAGUCAAGAGACAAAAGAUUACCCAGUUACAGGAUGAACUCAGACAAUCUCAGAGACAAGUGCAAGAACUGAAAACUCAACUGGAGAAAGCUGAAAAGAAUGCAAAAGAUCAUGAGGUCGGAGAAAACGGCUUGGAAAAACAACUGGAAAUAUCAGUCACUGAUAAGGCAGUGAAGGAGGAGGUGGAAAGGCUUCAAAGAGAAAACCAAUGCUUGCAGCAGGUUAUUGAGAAACUAAGACAUCAGAUCAAGGAAUUGAGUGAUAACAAAGAGAUGCUUAAAUUGGCAAACCAGGAGCUGUGCACCGAAAUGAGAAAGAUGAUGCAGGAUUUCGACCAGGAUAAGCAGGAGACCACUGAAAGGUAUGAAAAAAUACACCAGCAGCACCGUGAAGAUAUUGUAAGUCAUUUGCGUGGAGAGUUAUUACAGGAGCAUGCGCUUGAGAAAGAGCAGCUGACGCAGCUUUAUGAAGAAAAGAUACAUUCUUUGGAGGUAAAACUUUCUGAUCUUAAUCGGGAGAUGGUUAGAGUACAAGAAUGCUACAUCACUGUCUGCAAGGAAAAUAAUUUAUUGGAAGAAGAUUUAAGAGGGAAACUGGAACAAGAGAUGGCAUUAAAAGAGAAUGAGUUAAAGAAGCAAUUCUCUGAAGAAAACAAAAUUUCCUUAGAAAGUUUCAAGUCUGAAUUGGAAGAAAAGUUAUAUGGCUGUCAAGAGCAAGAAAAGGAAGAACUGCUAUCCUGCAGUAAGCAUUACAUUCAGAAGCUGGAAAAAUCAUGUAACGAUCUACGAAAAAACCUGGAGAAAGCUUGCAGGCAGCUUCAGCAGACUGUAAGAGAGAACAAGGCUAAUGUGCAUAACAUAAAAGCAGAGUAUGAAGAGGCCAUUAAGAAAGAAAGGGAAGAAGGUUUAAGAAGAGUUCAAGAAGUAAAGGCAUCUGGGAAAACAGCAGCCACAAGAUCACAAUUCGAAGACGAGUCUGAGCCCUGUAUUCAAAAAGGGUUAGAAGAAAUCCAGGAACAAUAUUUGAGAGCUGUUUGUAAAAUUAGAGGGGACAUGCUUCGGUAUAUCCAAGCAAGCAAGGCGAGAGCAGCUGAAAUGAUAAGAGUGGAGGUAUUGAGGGAGCGACAAGAGACUGCUCGGAAAAUGCGAACAUACUAUUUGACCUGUUUGCAGCAACUGUUGGAAGAUGGUGGAAAGAACAAAGGUGCUGAACAGAAAAUUAUGAAUGCUGCUAGCAAACUAGCUGCAUUGGCAAAAAAGUGUUUUUGGAGGAAUUUGUUCCUUUUUUUUAUUUCACAAAUUAAAGGUCAAGAGCAAGAAAAGGAAGAACUGCUAUCCUGCAGUAAGCAUUACAUUCAGAAGCUGGAAAAAUCAUGUAACGAUCUACGAAAAAACCUGGAGAAAGCUUGCAGGCAGCUUCAGCAGACUGUAAGAGAGAACAAGGCUAAUGUGCAUAACAUAAAAGCAGAGUAUGAAGAGGCCAUUAAGAAAGAAAGGGAAGAAGGUUUAAGAAGAGUUCAAGAAGUAAAGGCAUCUGGGAAAACAGCAGCCACAAGAUCACAAUUCGAAGACGAGUCUGAGCCCUGUAUUCAAAAAGGGUUAGAAGAAAUCCAGGAACAAUAUUUGAGAGCUGUUUGUAAAAUUAGAGGGGACAUGCUUCGGUAUAUCCAAGCAAGCAAGGCGAGAGCAGCUGAAAUGAUAAGAGUGGAGGUAUUGAGGGAGCGACAAGAGACUGCUCGGAAAAUGCGAACAUACUAUUUGACCUGUUUGCAGCAACUGUUGGAAGAUGGUGGAAAGAACAAAGGUGCUGAACAGAAAAUUAUGAAUGCUGCUAGCAAACUAGCUGCAUUGGCAAAAGUGUUGGAAAUGCCUGCUCCUAAUAGAAAGUGCAAUAAAAAGGAAGUGACAGGUGUGUAUUAA